AUGGUUGGUGGACACCAGUAUCAGAGAAUGAUGGAGGAGCAACGCAGGUCAUCUAGCUCCAGAAGACAAAGACGAAACUCGGGUCUCAACCCAGAUCAUCUGAGAGGAUUAGGGAUUGACGAUGCCGGCAUGGGCGGGCCGGCAGCUCAAAUGCUUGAGGAGGUUCAAGGCAAAGGGAAAGGGAAAGGGAAAGGGAAAGAGGGAGAAAUCCCGCCCGAGGACAUGCAGGCCGAGUCCUCAUCAUCAUCAUCAUCAACAAAGCCAUACAAGAGCCGUUGGGAUGUCCGACCUGCCGUGGAAAAGAAAAACCAUUUUGUGGAUGAAUCGGAAGAAGUGAUCGACGUCAAGUUCUUUGGACCCAAGUCGGAGAAUGAUAUGCUUCCCGGGUGGAACCACGAAGUAUAUCUGGAAGAUGUGAAGAUGCCGGGCGGUGUGUCGGGACAGGCACAGAAGAUAUGUAUGUCCCCCGGACGAGGAUGUAUUGUGCGAAUCGACUUGUUGGAAGAAGCGUACCGACAACGAGGGGAGAGACUACGUGUCGACAUGUUCACGGAUAAAGCCACACCGGUGGAAGAAGCCAAGCGCAGAGGAUUGGAAAUCAUGGUCACGGUUCCACGCUAUGACUAUAACCCGGACAGACGCGAGGAUCCGGUCCCCAUGCUGCGCAGUUUCCUCUGUUUCGGAACGUCAUACAUGCCAUUCCGCAUCCCUGUGGUCGACAAAGAAGGUCGCGAAUUCCCUCUCGCCGUCAAGUUGAAGUGUAUGGUUGUCAACGACGAUUACCGUUUCUUUACACAUGGGAAGCCCGGUGAUCGUGAUGUCCGUAUGUGGAUUGGACAUACCGUUCUCGCUGAUGAGCGCGUGUCGACCAGACCCCCUCCCUUGUGGUCCUACGAAGAUGAUCCAGAGCGUCACUUACCUACAAAAGAUGGUUAUCCGCGUGGACGCAAUCGCUUUUCGGUGUAUAAUCGCGAUAACUCUGGUUCGUCGUAUGUGGAUUGUAGUAAUGUAUAUGACGAGUGGGGAAACCUUGUCGCCAAGGGCGAGACUUUGGACAUUCUUUUGUCUGAAGCAGAUGAGAUUUUCACUGAUCCAUUGUUGUGGUGA